AUGGUUCAUCGAGCACCAAGCACGUUCACGGCGACAGACAAGAAACUGCAUGCGCAGAAGCGUCGAACCCUCAGCCAGGGGUUCUCCGCGGCAGCCAUCCAAGGUUUUGAAGAAAGAAUUCUAGAGCGCGUCAGGGCAUUGGCGGACCAACUGGCCCCGAAACGAUCUCCGGAGUCGAGAAUGGACAACGAGUGGUCGUCUGUGCAAGACAUGUCGAAGUGGGCAAGCUAUCUUGCUAUAGAUGUCAUCCUCGGCAUCAUCUUCGGUCAAGGCGUGAAUUUGAUACAAUCGCCGGACUACAGAUUCGUAACGCAGUGCAUAGAAGAUUGCAACAUCCGCACGGGUGUCCUGUUCCAAGCUAGGGAGCUGACAACUCGUCGCUUUGACCGAUGGCUGUUCAAAGGAUCGAUCAGCUCUCGUAACAGAUUCAUCCCCUUCAUCAGCACCCUCUUAAAGGCUCGAAUGCAGUCUCUCGACGUCAAGCAGAACGACAUAUUCUCCAUCCUGCUCGACCCCAAAGGAACAGGAACUGAUGAAAGGAGCCAGAACACUCCAAGCAAGUCUGAACUAGGUGGAGAGUGCACAACUCUGUUGAUGGCAGGAUCGGAGACCACGUCGACAGCGAUCUCAGCGACGUUGUUCUACAUGAUGAGAAAUCCAGAAGUCUACCGAAAGGCUGCCAAGGAAGUCAGAGAGCAGUUCUCGAACUGCGACUCCAAUAUCCGCCUGGGAACUACACUCAAUUCGUGCACAUACCUUCGCGCAUGUUUAGAUGAGAGCCUGCGGCUGUCGCCGCCGGCUGCGAGCGCCCAGUGGCGAGGCGUACUCACCGAUGUGGUUGUCGACGGGCAGCUGAUCCCAGCCGGAUGCGAUGUGGGCACCUCACUCUAUUCAAUUCAGCGUCAUCCAGCCUAUUUUGAACAACCGGCUGUCUUCCGGCCGGAACGCUGGACGGAGAGCAACGACAUCUCGGCCUCUGAGAGGGCUCAGAGCGCCUUCUCUCCCUUUCUGCUUGGUCCCAGAAGCUGUGUUGCUAAGCCGCUGGCUGUUACGGAAGCAAUGUUGACGCUGGCCACAUUGCUAUGUCGCUUUGACCUGAAGUUAGCCGAAGGGCAGGACGGCGAGGUCGGCUGCGGUGGACGCCCCGGCGCAGUGUAUGGAAGGCAGAACAAGGAUGAGUAUCAGCUUUGGGAACAUGUUGCUGCUGUCAAAUAUGGUCCUCUGAUCCAAUUUAGGGAGCGCACAGAGACUAAGUUCUAA